AUGUCCUACCCUAACCAAAACAUCCACGCAGACGUCGUCAACGUGCCGGCACAUCUAAUACCACAAAACGUGAUGAGUUCGUCGACCGAGGAUUUCGCAACCCCGUCUCCGGUGUCCCGUAGCUCGUUCAAUUCACCCCUGCGACUCGAUCCCCGCCUCUAUCAGGACCCCGGAAGGAGUGGCAACGGGAACAGCCUGCCUGUAUCCGGCCACUUCAACGGAACGAACGCUGCUCGUGGGCCUUAUCCGUCGUCCCAACUGUCUCACGCCAGUGGUCCUUCGGCUAUUCGCAAUGCACCUUAUCCAACCAAUGAGUCCACUGGUAGUCUUGGCGAUCCUUUUGCUGAUGGGUUCUACGGCUCUCAACAGAUCUCGGGAAAUAGUGCUGCUCAUACUUCUCCAGAGAAGCAGCAGAAAAAUUAUCCGUAUCUGAACCAAAACCGCCAAUUCGUGCCUCCUGGUUCAAGGGAACCUCCGAACGACCAGCCGCGGUACCAUCAGCCUGGCCCACCGCAAAUGCAUCACGGGCAGCAACCAUAUCUGCCUGUUUCUCCGAUGCACAAUAAUCAUACCCAAAGACGCCGACCUCAAGAUAAUCAGAGCUUCGCACAACACAACCCCCAUGCCAAUCAGUUCCCUUAUGACCCUCUGCAACAGCAAUACCACCAACAAUACCCUAAGCAACAACAAUAUGCUGCCCGCAAAGAUACUCAUUAUCAACCAGAGGAGGCAAGGAAUCGUCUGGACUAUCAUCAACUCCAAACCGUGAAUUCGGCACCACAACAUCCAUAUUCUGGAGGCUCUGAAAUGAAUCUGUGGCCCCAGGAGCAGCUCUACAACCACCCACCAAAACAUGGCCAGCACGUGCAUCCGGCUAGAGAAAAUCCUGAUCAGGGUCAUGGCCAUGUCAAUAAUUAUCAACAAAUUCCAUCACAGAACAGUGCGCCGCAAUUCCAAAAUGAUGGAGACUCUAGGCGAUCCAACAUGCGAGAAAACAAUGGCCAUAAUCAAACAAAUCACAUCGGCCCAGGAAUGGGGCCACGCAGGGUAGUCACUUCACCGGAUAACAAUAUUUCCCAAGCAACGCAGAGCCAGAAAAAAGAUUUAAAAAUACGCACGAAACUGAUGACUUCUUCUGCACAAUCUCUGGCUACUUUGGCACAAAGUGGAACAGCGCAAAGGUCGCCUUCCACUAGCUCUUCACAUUCUUUCUCGUUCACCUCCAAGUCAAGAUCUCUUAGCUCUCUAGGUAAAUUGUCCUCUCUCUCGAAGAAGGGCAAUAGUGGACAUGGCAGUAGAGACAGAAUUCCAUCACAAGCGUCGGGAUUGCUGAAGAAUCAUUCUUCAGUACAAACGAAAAAGCCUUCGGUUUAUCCUGCUAUCCUAUCGCGUGUUGCAAAAACUUUCAAGGAAAACACCAUUCUCACAAUCAACAUGAAGGAUGGAUUAGAGUAUCAUGAUUCCUUCACAGGAAAAGCUGCCAUAGAUCUCAUUUGUGACAUCAUUAGAACGAACGAUAGAAAUCUCGCUCUUUUGAUGGGACGUGCUCUAGAUGCUCAAAAGUUCUUUCAUGACGUGACAUAUAAUCACCGUUUGAGAGAUUCUAAUAAUGAGGUUUACAAUUUUACCCGUGUAUUCAGCGAUGUUGAGUUUUAUAAUGAUGAACACUCCAACGGCGCUAGUGCUCGAAACAGUUUUCACCGGGAACAGUCACUUGGAAAUGCCAGUCUGCCAAAUCUCAAUAACGCGCCAUAUCCUACUUCGCCACUUCCUGGAAUACCUGGAAGUCCCUUGGAAGAGAGCAAUGGAAGCUUCACCAAUCUCAAUAAGAUUGGGCAGGAGCAAGUAUUUCCAGAACAAACAGGAGUCAAUGGUGUCUUUACCAUAUUAACUGAAUGUUAUUCACCGACCUGUACACGUAAUCGUCUUUGUUAUUCCAUUGCAUGUCCCCGUCGUUUGGAACAACAAGCAAGACUAAACCUCAAGCCCAGAGGUGGACUUAGAAAAGCAGUUUCGAGGCUAUCCUUACAUGAUACCGAAGCAUCCAAAACAUUGUGGCACGAGACUGUUGAUCAGUCUGUGUUGGACAAGUUAGAUAAGCAUGAAAAAAUGAGACAAGAGUUGAUUUAUGAAUUGAUUUACACCGAGAGAGAUUACGUUAAGGACCUUGAGUUCAUGACAGACUUUUACAUCAUGCCUCUCAGAAAUCCCAUCAAUAAUAUUAUUCCUGAAAGAGAGAGGGAUGCGUUCAUUAGAACAGUGUUCGGAGGGGUGAACGAAUUAUUGAGGUUAGCAAAAAGCUUGAGUGAAGCCUUGACGGCACGUCAGCAAGCUCAGAAACCAGUUGUUGAAUGUGUUGGAGAUGUUAUAUUGCUGUUCAUCGGCAACUUUGACCCAUUUAUUAAAUACUCUGGUAACAAAGUCUUCGCUAGUUUUGAGCAUGAAAGACAACAACAAGUCAAUGUGAAAUACGCGCGAUUUUUGGAAGCCAUUGAAAAGAAACCAGAGUCAAGAAAGCAAGACUUCUCCUCUUUUUUGAUCAAAGGUGUUCAGAGACCAGCAAGAUACCAAUUGCUUCUAAGCGGAAUCUUGAAGAAUACUAAGGAAGACUCCCCCGACUACAGUAAUCUUAUUAAAGCUAAGGAGGAGAUCGAGAAAGUGUUGGUCAAGAUCAACUUGCAAACAGGUGAAGCCACAGACCGCCACAAAAUCAUGGUUCUUCACAGAUUACUUGGAAGACAAACUCUCGAGGACCGGUUCAAUUUCAAACUCACCUACAGUAAUCGAAUCAUCUACCAGGUCACUUUGAGCAGAAAAAGGGAUAAUGAGAAAAUUGACUUGUAUCUCUUCGAGCAUGCUCUAUUAUUGAUUAAGCAUAAAAUUCAAAACAAGAGAGAGGUACACAAAGUCUUUGAAAGCCCAAUUUAUUUGCCGUUGCUUUUCGUCAACAGUGGUUAUGAAACGCCAACAUUUAAGCUGAUUCUCUCAUUCCGCGAGGAUGGCUCUAUUGUAUCCGACUCUGGUCUUAAACCUAAGAUAGAAGUCUCUCCAUACAAUCCAGUUUCAUCUUCGCAACAAAAGCUUCAGCUUAAUUUCUUUGGACUUGGUACGAAUCCAGUUCACGUAUCUUUGUUUGCAGACGACCUCACACAUCAAAGCCAAAUUUUGCUGCAAAUCCAGCUGCAACAAAGACGCUUGAUUGAGAAGUAUGAUAUUUUCUCGAUUGCAAAGUAUGAGACACGCAGAUUCACAGGCAACAACAGAAUUAAUUGUGCUGUUCCCUGCUAUGGUGGAAAGAAGUUGUUGUACGGAACAGAUUCGGGAGUGUGGGUCUCUACAGUGAGAUCUAUUAGUAUGACCUCGAACGAAAAAAUUUGCUCUGAUCCCACAAUGGUUAUAAGCAAGCCAUAUGUCACACAAAUGGAGGUCUUGGUUGAGUACUCGAAGAUUUUGGUGCUUUCAGACAGAAUUUUGUACGAGUUUGACUUGACUUGUACUGAUUCACUUGACCAUGCAAAGAACACUAGGUCCGGCAAAAUAAUUCUCAGUCAUGUAACAAGCUUUAAAACAGGUGUCUGCGACGGAAAGCUUUUGGUAUGUGCCAUGAAGAGUGGAUCCAAAUCAAUAAGUAUUGUUGAGCCUACCAAUCCUUUCGACAACAAAAACAAGAACAGAAGCAAAAGACCAGAAGUUCGUGAAAUUGCGUUUAGCUCCGACCCAGUGUCUAUUUCAUUUUUGAAAACGAAGUUGUGUAUUGGUUGUACCAAAGGAUUUGAAAUUUUGUCAUUGGAGGCUGGUCGAAAAGAACCAAUUUUGGACCGGGCAGAUCCAUCAUUAGAUUUUGCCACACAAAGGGAGACCGUUUCUCCCCUCUCGAUUCAUCGUCUCGACAAGAAUUUCUUGUUGUCGUAUAGCGAGUUCUCAUUCCUCAUUAAUCGGAACGGUUGGAGAACAAGACAUGACUGGGGAAUAUUCUGGGAGGGUACACCACAAAACAUUGCGUUGUUCUAUCCUUAUCUUCUUGCAUUCGACCCCGGGUUCAUCGAGAUUAGAGAUCUUGAGAGCACGAACUUAAUUCGUGCCUUGGUUGGCGAGAACAUCAGGUUCUUGCAUUCCAACGAGCACGAGGCACUCUAUGCAUGCGAAGAAAACGGGUAUGAUAUCAUCGUCUCCAUUGACUUUUUAAACUUGAAACCCAAGGCCAAGAAGGCAACCGCAGCUUAG